AGUAUUUGCCUUAUUUGUUCCGGCAUAGGUGGUCGUAAGGCAGAAGAAAUAGUGUCAUGGUUGAUUAAGAAGACCGGACCUCCUGCUAAAGAACUAAACACAGUAGAGGAAGCGCAAGACUUAAUUGACAAUAACAACGUUGUGAUAAUUGGUUUCUUCAAGGACCCAUCAAGUGAAACAGCGAAGGCCUUUCUGAGUGUGGCAACUACUGUUGACGAUCAUUUAUUCGGAAUAACCAACUCGGAUGCUCUCUUUGAAAAAUAUCAAGCUAAAGAUGAUUCUAUCAUACUUUUCAAACAUUACGACGGUGGAAAAUCGGUCUUCGAGGGCGAACCCACCCACCAGGCAAUCCGUAAAUUCGUAGCUGUCGAAUCAUUACCUCUCGUAGUCGAUUUUAAUACGAACACGGCCCAAAAGAUCUUUGGAGGUGAUGUGAAAAACCACUUGUUGCUCUUCCUUUCCCGUUCAGAUGAACAUUUCGCCAAAAUAUCUGAUGCUGCAUCGUCAGUUGCACGUCCAUUCCGCGAAACCGUUCUCUUCGUCACCCUCAACGUCGACGAAGAAGACCACCAGCGCAUCCUCGAGUUCUUCGGUUUGAAAAAAGAGGACGCACCCGCCGCACGAAUAAUCAAACUCGAAGAGGACAUGGUCAAGUAUAAGCCAGAAAGCGACGACCUUACGGCUGAAAAUAUCCAACAGUUCGUACAAAACUUCUUGGAUGGCAAACUUAAACCAAUUCUUUUGCAACAAGAACUCCCUGAAGAUUGGAAUUCGCAACCUGUAAAAGUCCUUGUUGCUUCAAACUUUGAUGAAGUCGCUCUGGAUCCUUCAAAGGAUGUUUUGGUUGAAUUCUAUGCCCCCUGGUGCGGACACUGCAAACAGUUAGUUCCAAUCUACGACAAAGUCGGGGAACAUUUCAAGGACAAUGAGGACGUGGUGAUCGCGAAGAUGGACGCCACUGCCAACGAAUUGGAGCACACGAAAGUCACCGGUUUUCCUACAAUCAAAUUGUACCCGAAAGGAGAUCUACGCAAAGCUGUGACGUACAAUGGACCUCGUACAUUUGAGGGUAUCGUUAAAUUUAUCGAAACGGGUGGAGUUGAUGGUGCCGACCCCGACGUUGCAACCGAAGCUGAGACUGAAGACGAUGAUAAACCUCGUAAAGACGAGUUGUAAUUUAAUUUUCCUCGUUUUAUUUAACAGUUAUUUUAAUUAAUGUAUGUUAUUAAUAUUAGUGGUGAAUGAUUGCGUGCGAGAGGAUUUUUUUUAUUAAGAUCCUAUAGAAGGGUGAAACGCGGGUGGCGAUAUUUGAGGCUUAUUUUUCCCAGAAUAAUAUUUUUCGAGUUCUAAAAUAUACGCUCAAAAAUACAAUUAUUGUAAAAAUUUGAAGAAAAAAUGUUAUAAGAUUUAUAUGUAACAAUCUCAUUAGUAGUCUUUUUUUUUAAGAUUCAUAAAUAUUAUUUUAUUUAGUAACUUAUUCCCCAUAUUUUCGUUAUUGGCGAUUAGAUUAGAACUUUAAAAAUUUUCGUACUAUGUAGUAGUUACAUUUAUCAAAAAAAAAUCCCAUUAGUCCAACAACUAAGGCACAAAAUAACAUUACACUAUUAUUUCUAAAUGUGUUGUAUUUGAAAAAUUAAAUUUUUGGAUCUUAAUUUAAGUUGUAUGUGGUGGCUUCUGUUAAGUCUUUAAAAUGACUGUGCUUCCAGUGCGCCUUUUUGUAUCUUGUUUGUUGUUUUCUUUUGAUAUUAUUUCAUGUUUGAGAUGUUUAAAAGAGAUCUCCAAAUGUAUAUUUUUUUGCUAUUAUAUUUUGAGAUGUAUUAUAAUGUAUUUCUCUC